AUAAAAUACAAUUAUAUAAAUAAUGGAUAGUAAUAAGCUUAGAAAUUCUGGUUAUUAAUUAUCAGAUAGAGUGUAAUUUGGAGGAGUAUUUGAACCAGAGAAAUGCAAAUAGAUAGCAAAAUAAGUGAUGGAAUUAUAUGAUUCAAAUAAAGAUGGAUAUAUUGAAUAAAAUGAAAUAGCUAUGAUGCUAUCUGAUGCAUAUAGAGCUAUGAACAAAGGUUUCAAUCCUACUUCUUAAGAUGUUUCUAAUUGCCAAGCUAUUUUAGACAGUAUUUAAGUUAAUUGAAAUUGAUGAUUAGGAAAAUCAACCGGAAGAGUUCAUAGUGAAGACGUUGAAUAAUUAAUACAAAAGUAUUUUUCUGGUUAACCACCUGCUUAACCAGUUAAAAGAGUACCAGAAAAGUUAUCCAGAAUUGCAUAAGAAAGAUUAGAGGUAGCUAGAAGAAUCUUUAAAGUUGUUGAUAAAGAUGGUUCAGGAUUCUUAACUGAAGAAGAAGUAAAUUCAUUCUUAUUAUUUUAGGUUCCAGAAUUACUUAAAGAAACCUAUAAACAUAUGGGAAUGAAUGAUUAUUAACCAACUAAAGAAGAUGUUACCAUUUGGAUUCAAAUGACUGAUAGUGAUGGUGAUGGUAAAGUCACUUUAGAAGAUUAUGAAUAACUUGUCUUAGAUUCAUUGAGAAAACAAGGUAUCAGUUUAGAAUGAUUUUUAUAUCAUUUUCAUAAC